GAGAAGGUUGGGGGAGCAGAGGGGACUAAACAUGAUGAUGACUUCACUGAAAUGGAAAAGAAGGUGGACACCACCAGUAGGGCGGUGAUGGACAUUAUGACCAAGACCACAGAGUAUCUGCAGCCCAACCCAGCCUCCAGAGCCAAGAUGACCAUGAUCAACUCCAUGUCUAAGAUGCGUGGCCAGGAGAAGGGUCUGGGCUACAUCCAGACCGAGACCGUCCUGGGAGAGUCCAUGCAGAAGUUUGGCAGGGAGCUCGGGGAAGAGUCCAACUUUGGCCUGGCUCUGAUCGAUGCUGGGGAGUCCAUGCGUGAGCUGGGGGAGGUGAAGGACGCUCUAGACAUGGAGGUCAAGCAGAACUUCCUGGAYCCGCUGCAGACCCUCCACGACAAAGACCUCAAGGAGAUUGCGCAUCACCUGAAGAAACUGGAAGGCCGCCGUCUGGACUUCGACUACAAGAAGAAGCGUCAGGGCAAGGUGACGGACGACGAGAUCAAACAGGCUCUGGAGAAGUUUGACGAUACCAAGGAGAUCGCUGAGCUCAGCAUGUUCAACCUGUUGGAGAGUGAUCAGAUUGAACAGGUGAGCCAGCUAGCCGCACUGGUCCAAGCCCAGGUGGAGUACCAUCGUCAGUGUGCUGAGAUCCUCACCCAGCUGCAGUCCAAGAUGGAGGACCGGAUAAGGGAUUCCUCCAACAAGCCCAAGAAAGAGUUCAUACCUAAGCCGCGUCAGUCCUUGGACCUCUCUAGUGAAAACAAUGGAGCCAUCCAAGGAUCCAGGUCCCCAGCAAGGUCUCCAGCUCCCCUAGACCAGCCAUCCUGCAGGGCGCUGUAUGACUUCGACCCCGAGAACGAGGGCGAGCUGGGCUUCAAGGAGGGGGACAUCAUCACUCUCACCAACAAGAUCGACGACAACUGGUACGAGGGUAUGAUCCACGGCAGCUCUGGAUUUUUCCCCGUCAACUACGUGGAUAUCCUGGUGCCCCUGCCCUAAAGUCGUUGCCACGGCAACGGCGCAUCAGCAACAGCAGUUUUCCCAGGCGACAAAUCCUAAUCCCUGCAUCCCCAGCWCCCGCCACCCCCAAACAUUCCCGGAAACCCACCCUUUCACUCCGCUAAAAAUGGAGAUCUAACUACAAUGAAGAUAUGACGACGAAAUCGGCUGUGGCGAGAUCAACAACAGCAUGGUGUCACACCAACGAGUGCUAACGAAACAGACUUKWAAAAAAUAUAUGGAAAAAUAAGCAAUGAUGCCGUUUUGAAUGCCAUCGUGGACAUUUACCAAUAAAAUGCUGUGGUUGUUUUUUC